UAAUUCCCCUAAAACCAUGAAACAUUAGACAUGUUUAAAGUUUUCUACUGUAAUACGCUGUUUGUUUAACAUUACAUAACAUUAUGAUAAUGUGUAACAAUAAUAAUUUAUGUAAAGAGAACGCAAUUAGAUAAGGAUAAGAAAAUAUUCACAGCGCACUAUAAAACUUUGUCACAACAACACAAUAGUGGCAGUUUAAAACCGGGAUUCGUUCCGAUCGCAUUUAUUAAAACUCAUAAGAUUCAAAUCGCUUUUUCCUAUCUACAAACAGUCGACUGUUGACCUACAGUAGUGAUUAAAGUGGCCUUCAGGAUUGAAAUAGUUGAAUUGAAUACAUGAUCUGCUAGUUCACUUGUUUCUGUGCAGUACAAAAGUGUGUCACGCGCCCAUAAAAAAUUGUUUAAGUGUCAUCUAGUUUCUAUUUACAAAAAUGGCAUCGACAUCCCAACUCCCAAGUUUAGAUAAACUGAUUAUGAGUUCUCUUUCGGAAAAAGAAUUGCAAGAAUAUAAUAGGAUUCACUAUGGGCGAAUUGACCAUAAUGUAAUUGAAUUAAGUAGGAGUUCUGCUGAACUUGCAGCUAAAAAUGGGUUUGAAGUUGCAGCAUAUGAUUUUCCUACAAAGAAGGAAGAAAUUCGGUCACCUCGUAUUGUAAAAAUUGGCGUUAUCCAGCACUCUAUCGCUAUUGCCACCAAUAAACCUGUUGCAGAACAAAGGCAAGCCAUUUUUGAUAAAAUACGGAAUAUUAUUGAGUCUGCAGCCAAUGAAGGUGUGAACGUAAUAUGCUUACAAGAAGCUUGGAGUAUGCCAUUUGCCUUUUGCACUCGAGAAAAGCAACCAUGGUGUGAAUUCGCGGAAUCUGCCUUGGAUGGUCCUAGUAGUAACUUUCUGAAAGACUUGGCUCUAAAAUAUGGCAUGGUAAUUAUAUCUCCCAUUUUAGAAAGAGAUGAUAUACAUGGUGAUACUAUUUGGAACACUGCUGUGAUUAUAAAUGAGUUGGGAAAAGUUGUAGGAAAGCAUAGAAAGAAUCACAUACCUCGUGUAGGCGAUUUCAAUGAGUCAACUUAUUAUUUUGAAGGAAACACUGGUCAUCCAGUCUUUGAAACAAAGUUUGGUAAAAUAGCUGUUAAUAUUUGCUAUGGUCGUCAUCACCCAUUGAACUGGUUGAUGUUUGGCAUUAACGGAGCUGAGAUAGUUUUUAAUCCUUCAGCAACUGUUCAUGGUUUAAGUGAACAUCUUUGGGCGGUUGAAGCCCGCAACGCUGCUAUAGCUAAUAGUUAUUUUACUUGUGCUAUAAAUAGAGUGGGAACUGAGUCAUUCCCGAAUGAAUUUACUUCAGGGGAUGGGAAACCAGCUCAUAAAGAUUUUGGCCACUUUUAUGGAUCGAGUUAUAUCACUGCUCCUGAUGGAACGAGGACACCUGGACUUUCGAGAAUCAAAGAUGGCUUACUCAUUGCACGAAUUGAUUUGAACCUUUGCCGUCAAAUCAAAGAUAAAUGGGCAUUUACUAUGACUCAAAGAUUAGACAUGUAUGCGGAUAGCCUUAAUAAAGCUAUAAAACAUGAUUAUGAACCUCAAGUAAUCAGAAACAAAGAAAAAUAAACAUAAAUUGUACAGCCCCCUGGACAAAAUGACAAAACGUAACAGUUGUAAUUUCUAAAUCCAAUCUCUCCGGUAUUUUUUGUAUGUAGUUUAUUUGACUCCGUAAAGGAAUUUAGAUAUUACAGUUAUCGUUUUGCCACCUAAGGGUGUAAGAUCGAUGAAUUUAAUUUAAAUCUUAUUUUCAUAGAAAAUGUUUUUUAGUUGGUGACUAACGCUUACAGGUGUUUAAGGGUUAUCUACUUAAUGUAGGUUAAACUUUUUAUAAUGUUGUUAUUUAUAACAAGAGAUAUUUACGAAAUGUUGUUUAUUAAUUAAAUUUUAAUAUUACUUAUUUUCAGAAAAUUAUUAUUUUUAUCAGUUACGUUUACUUUUGCCCAUUAUAUAGAGAUUGUUUUGACUACUUUUUAUAGUCUACAAUUUAAACUUCCGGUUCCGUUUCGUUUGAAAAAGAACGAUCGUAAAUGCAAUCAAUGUGGACUAGACUUUACAUUUUGGACAUUGUGGUGGAUUCACUCUCAUUCACUCCCGGUCCGGGAGUCCCGGAAGUCCAAGGGCCAAUGUACCCAAUAAUAAUCCAACCAAAUACAGUGCCACAGUUCCAGCUAUCCAUUUCAGUUUUUUCAUAAUGCACAAUCUUUAUGAAACUGUGUAAAAUAAAAUAAAUAAGAUGUGACAACUUGAAACAAUUUAACGGAUGCUAAUUUUUGGCAACUUUAAUAAAAUGUAGUAUGCUACACACUUAUGCAUGUACUUACCCAUCUACGUCAUAAUAAAAUAAAAUUAAUAAUAUAGUUUAUAUAAAAUAUCCAAUAAAAACAAUCAUGCUAUUUGCUUUACCAUUAUGAUAGGGUAGAUACAAGAGCCGAGGAAGCAACGGAAGAUUCAAAGAAAUUCCAUAAUCUUAAUUUUAAAAUAUCUUUUUAUUUAUUAUUUUUAUAAUUUCCAAUUUUAGUUUUAAGAUCUAAACUACUUUUAUUAAAUUUGUUCUCUGAA